UAUCAACAUAUUAUAUCACUCUCUCGUACCACUUUCCUUCACUAAACUCUUAAAAAGUCUCAACUCCCUAUAUUUUUCCCUUGUUGUGUAACAUGGCCAACACACACAAUAAAUCUCUAUCUACCUUCCUCCUCCUCUUCUCCUCCAUAAUUCUCAGCUUCUUUGUUAAAACCAAGCAAGAUAAUCCAUGUCCAUAUCCAUGUUAUCCUCCACCGACAGCCACCGGCACGCCCAUUCAAACGCCACCGGUUAGUUAUUCACCACCUUCACAAACAGGACUAUACCCUCCACCAGGGACACUACCAACAGGGAACUUGCCGUAUUUUCCACCACCACCACCACCAUCACCUUAUGGUAACUCCUUAUAUGGUCAGCCCCCUCCAGACCCUAUCUUGCCUUAUUUCCCCUACUACUAUCGGAAACCUCCUCACCGAACUGAUGAUCAGUCAUCGGCAACAAAAGCUAGCACUGGAAAACCAUGGAUGAUCAUGAUUGCAACUACAAAUCUGUUUGUAUUUGUUUUUUUAUUGUUUAGGGAAUUAGUAAGUAGUUAAAUAAAAUUCUGUAAAAUCUUUAAUUUGUUUGGGUAAUGGAUGGGAUGAGUAUGCCUUUAUUUGCUCUUUUUAA